AUGGCCCAGAGCGCCUCAGAGGCUGGCGGCCUCGCCUGGGGUUGGGACGGGGACAUGGACGAAGACUGGGAGGGCGCCGCGCUGACCCUGCUGGCCCUGGCCGUGGUGGCCGCCACGGCGCUGGCUCUGCACUGGUUUGGCUCCGCGCAGGACCAGGAGGCUGCGGCACCGGCAUCCACAGCCCUCCGCCCUUCGCAGGUGGAAGCAGCUGGGCCAGCCCUACCCGCGGAGCACAAGGUCAGUGGCGCUGUUGAGGGUCACAGGUCGGUGCCCGGAAAGCCAGGCCCUCCAGGACGUGGCCAGGGGAGUCCAGCUGCAGCGGGCGCCCAGGAUCAGGAGCCCCUGGGCGGCGGGAGUCUGGCUGCCGCAGCCUCCUCUCCCCUUAAGACGCCAGCGGGGGAGGGGGCCAGUGGAGGGGCCUUGGGACCCCCUGAAACCCUCCGACGUAAAGGGAAGGAGGCUCACAGGUCAGGCUCUGCUCUCCCGUGUGGGAGCAAAGGUGAAGGGUCAUCUGCACCCCUCCUGAUACACUUCACCCCCCGGGAUCCUGGCAGAGAAGUGGAGGUGUGGGGGGAGGCAGGGGGUGUCCGAGGCAAGGCCCCCGCCCACAGGGUAGGUCGGGACAGUCGCCCCUGGCAACAAGGGCGGGGGUCACCUGCCUCGAGGGGGCAGAGCCCCGGCAGCCGGUGGGGGCAGGUGGACUCAGGACGGAGCGGCUGUCGCCGGCGAAAGCUGGACGCCCUGUCUCUGGGCUCUGUGGUGAGCGUGUGGGAUGCUGUGGGUGCAGCCAGCAGCCUGCCCGCAGGCUCCCAGGGGCUCCUGUUCCCCCAGGAGCCGCCCCCAUUGUGCAGCCUGCAGACUAGGCCCUUGAUGGGUGUCUCAGAGAGGGGGCUUGGGGAGAGCGGCCCCCAAGCCGCCGGAGGCCUAGCUCUGGACUCGGGAGCCACAGCUGGUAAGAACAAGGAGGCUGAGACUCUGGCCCCCAGGGAGUCCCAGGAGCCCCCAGCUGCCAUGGAGGGCUGGCCCUGGGUGAGGAGGGAGGUCCUGGUCACCGGGAGCUUCAGCCAGGCCCUGGGCCCUGUGAGCCUAUCACCAGAGGGGCCGCAGGGGGGACACCCCUCCUUGUCUCUCGUGCAGAGGCCCGCGGAGGCCUGCACUGUGGGAUGGGCUCGGGCCAGUGGUUCUGGAGAUCACAUUUUCUUCAGUUCAGAAGACAAAGGAGGGACAAAAGAGCAAGGGGGCCACGGCAUUAGAGAAGGGAGAGGGUCCCUGCAAGGCCAGGUGGCCUGUGGUUCUGCAGACAUUUGCAGCUGCAUCUCCUCCCCUAGUUCCUCGGCCACGACCCCGCUGUGCACCCCUAAACCCCUCCCACCCCCAGGGUCCCCACCUGCAGCACACGCCCACCCCAGUCUCAUACCUGGAGCUCCGACUCCUCCCAUCUCCUCUCCUUCAGACUCUUUGCCCCUCAGAGUGAGCCAGAGUCCUGCUGCGGGGUCCUCCCCAGCGCCGACCCCUGCCCCGACAGGUGCCCCUCCUCCAGCACCAUCCGCUGCCCCUGCCGCAGCUGCAGCCCCCGUGCCUGCUAGCGGAUCAAGGCUUGCAUCUCAGGAGCCCAGUGUGGUUCUCUGCAAGGACCAUCAGCAGGGGCAGCUCUCAACCAGCUGGGGAAACCUUAUUUCGAUGGUUCUCAGGAGUCACCCCUUUCCCAGGCCAGAGAGGCCCCAAGGGAGAGCCCCGAGGGCCGCUCUGGAGGGCCCCAGCCAUCUGGGCGUGGCCUCACCCUCUGAGAACACAGAGUUGGCUUCUCCCCCAGAGGAGGACAGGCAUGGCUCAGAGGAGCUGGCCACAAGGGCGGGUCCAGGGGGCCUGGAGGAGGCUGGAGCCCGGCCACAGCAGAGUCACGCUGAGACCGAGGGGGCUGCCGCUGCAGGCACACCCUCAGGCCCGAGAGGGGACAGAACCGAGGAGAAAUAUCCGGACUCACUGCUGUGGGGAGCCACAGAGCCCAUGGCCCCUUCGCCGCCCCCGGAGCAGACCCAGCUUGGCUCUUCACCCUCUCCGGCUACAAGGCGGGACCCCCAGCCAGUCCCGUGGCCCCGGAAACGCAGCUUGUGUGAAAUGUCCCAGAGCCCCAAGCAGGAGGCCAGCCGGGCGGCACCGGGGGCAGGGCCCCGCCCUUCAGGCCACGGGCAGGGCCUCGGGGAGAAGCAGGAGGACGCCCGGAAACUCAUGAUGUUUCUGCAGAGGCCAGGAGGCUGGGGGGUGGCAGAGGGGCCCCGAAAGUCCAGGGCCUCCGUGGUGGCUCUGCCGCGAUGGCUGGACCUGGGCAGUUGCCUGGAGGCACUGGCCUUUGCCCAGCAGCACGGGGACCCUGACUUGGCCCAGGAAACCUAUGCCUGGAUGAGCGACAACCUGCUUCACGUGCUGAGAGACCCCAGCCUCUACCGGCAGCUGAGUGGGGCUGACCGGGAGCGCAUCGUGAGCCUGCGCACCGGCCGUGGCCCGGCAGUGCUGGGGGCCCUGGUGCUGCCGGGCCUCUACAGGGCAAGCCGCUCUGGGCUCACACGGGACUCCCCUGCGGCGGAGGCUCUUGCCGUGGGGCCCGCGGCCCUGCCUCCCCCCGCAUACCUGCACGUGUUCCACCCCGGAGAGAACUCCUGGCGGCCCCUGACCAAGGUGCCCCAGGAGGCCCCGCUGCGCGGCUGCGGCCUCUGCACUCUGCACAACUACCUGUUCCUGGCGGGGGGCAUCCGCGGGUCUGGCGCCGAGGCUGUCUGCUCCAACGAGGUGUUCUGCUACAACCCUCUGACCAACAUCUGGAGCCAGGUGCGGCCCAUGCAGCAGGCGCGCGCCCAGCUCAAACUAGUGGCGCUGGACGGGCUGCUCUACGCCAUCGGGGGCGAGUGCCUGUACAGCAUGGAGUGCUACGACCCGCGUGCGGACGCCUGGAGGCCCCGCGCGCCCCUCCCUGCGGGCGCCUUCCCCGUGGCUCACGACGCUGUGGCCUGCCAGGGGGACAUCUACGUCACCGGGGGCCAUCUCUUCCACCGGCUGCUCAGGUACCGGCCCACGAAGGAUGUGUGGGAUGAGUGCCCCUACAGUGCCAGCCACCGGCGGUCCAGCGACAUGGUGGCUUUGGGGGGCUUCCUGUACCGCUUCGACCUUCUGCGGGGCGUGGGCGCCGCCGUGAUGCGCUACAACCCCGUGACGAGCUCCUGGAGCCGGGCUGCCUCCUUGCCACUGCCCGCCCCUGCCCCGCUGCGCUGCGCUGUGCUGGGCAACACGAUCUACUGCCUCAACCACCAAGUCACAGCCACCUUCACCGUCUCCGAGGGGACCGCCCAGUUCCAGGCCAAGGAGCUGCAGCCUUUCCCCCUGGGGACCAAAGGGGUCCUCUGCCCGUUCACCCUGACUCUUCCUGCCAGGGGCCCACUGCAGACUGCCCUCUGA